AUGCACUGGAAAACGCCGCUGGUUAUUGCUGCUGCAUACACGGUGUUAAUCAUGAAGGCCAAUCCACAGAAGCCCAUCGCUGCAAAGGCGCAGCCACUGAAGCGCGCGCAAUCACCGGUCUUUAAGCGAGUGGUCAUUGGCCACAACAUCAUCCUGGCAGUCUACUCCCUGUGGACUCUAGUGUCUAUGGUCUCUGGGUUAGUAGAUAAUCUGCGCACACACGGUUUGUACGAGGGCGUCUGCGACACGAAAUUCACCAUGUGGAACGCCAAACUGUUUCGCCUGUCGUUCUACUUUUACUUGUCAAAGUACUAUGAGUUCAUCGACACGCUGAUUAUUCUGUAUAAGGGCCGCAAGGCGAGUACGCUCCAGAUGUACCACCAUGCAGGGGCGGUCAUCACAAUGUGGGCUGGCUGCUACUUUAUUGCUGUGCCUAUUGCGUUCUUUGUUAUUGUGAAUUCGGCGAUUCACACGUGGAUGUAUACGUUUUAUGCGUUGACAGCGGCGGGGAUUAGGCCGCCUGGGAAGCGCCUGCUGACGUCGAGUCAGAUUUUCCAGUUCAUUUUUGGCAUCUCUUGCUGUCUCUUUUACGUGUUCUGCCCGGGAUGCGAGAAUGGUAGGCAAAAGAUUGCUAUUUACAUUAACCUGGCGUACCUUUUCCCGUUGCUUGGCCUGUUCUCGUCAUUCUUUGUGCGGACCUACCUGACAAACGAGAGCAGCGGCAAGAACAAGAAGGAAGCUUAG